AAAGCCUUACAUUUCACCUUAAGGUUUUAUCAGUAAUUAUUUAUUGUAGCGUGUACUGUACCUCAUAGUAUUUACAUCCUGCAAAGAAAAAAGCCCUUACAACUUCUUGAAGGGAUGUCCAGCAAGAAGCGAAAACCUAACUGGACAGACCAGGAGUGUCUUCUUCUUGCUGAGUUAAUGCAGGAGAGAAAAGACAUAAUCAGAGGGAAGUGCUGCACUGGAGUUUCAAUACAGGAUAAAAGACAAGCCUGGGAGGAAAUAGCCAAAGCCAUCAACACUGCGUUUCCACAGAUUCAACGUACAGUUUCUGACUGUAACAAAAAGUGGGAAAAUCUGCUGGCAAAGUCAAGGGAGGAGAUCAAACGACAGAGAAGGCAAGCGGGCAUAGAGGGCCUGUCUCUUGAACAGUUCGGUACUGUGACUCAAGUAGUUAUUUCUGUGAUGAACCUGUCAGACAUGUUGCAACAGGACAGGAAAGACUCUUCAGUCUCAGAGUUGGUGGAAACUCAACUAAACAGCUGUGAUGAAAAUGGAAAUGAGCACACAAUAGAUGAAAGAUUCUCAAACAAACAUCCACUGAGAGAACUCCCGGCAUAUCCAGAUCCAUCCACUUCUCCAGCAAAACAAAAAACGGCAGCAUCCACUAACGUCCCUAAAUCACUCGCAGUGCAUUUUAGUGCACAUCGUGCUGCUGGCUUUGCUGCUUCCUCAGAACACCUAGAUACCCCCUGCUCUACUUCCUCACUGCAAAACUUUGCUGAGCGAAUGGAUUUGGAAAUGUCUGUGCUGAGAAGACAAGAGGCAGUCCUCAAGCUGCAAGAGGAAUAUUACACACUAAAAAUUGAGUUGAUGAAAAAGAAAAUGGUAGAGCCACUUUCAAAGGACUGAAGUAGCUGUAGAGAACGACUUGUUGCACCUGUUUGUGACUUUGUGCCUGCCUCUGAAAUGUGUACAUUCAUGUCAACGAAUAUUCAAGCAAUAUUAAUAAUUUAUAUCUGUAAUGUUUUUGUAUAGUGAAAUACUAAAACAGCACAUUUAAUUUAGUUGGAUACACAUUCCAUACUCUAUAGACUGAGAAAUAUUGAUUAGGUUUGUCUGGUCACACUUCACAAUGCCACAGCCAAGCAUUUAUAGCAAAUUUGCUUUUUGAUCCCUUGAUGUCAGCUCUUCCUUUCAUUGUGAAAAAGAAUUUGCCGAUCGUUUUUCCCCAAUUUGUGAUGGACAAAGACCUUUUUUUAAAGCUGACAUUUUGACGUAUCAUAACAGGAACAGCACAGGUGUAACUUAUAACAUUAAUUAUGACACCAUACCAUUGAAGUGUCCCUGUAAACCCAGGGAGCCACCAUGCACAGUACCAUGAGCCUGGAAAAAUUGCAUUAAUAUCUGAAGUAUUCCCUUUGUCACUGCAAACUCCACUGUUGGCUAGUAUGGGUAGAGUGACAGCCAUGUUUCCUUUGACUUCCCUCUAUAUUGAUAUACGAUGAUUAGAGUAUAGUUUAUACUUAUGAGUACAACGAGAACAAAUGACACGUUAACAAAAGCUCAUAUAACCUUGAAUUAUUUCCUAGGUGAAUGCCGUGUGCCAUAUUACUGUGGAAGUACAACUCUUACAUUUUCAAAUUCUUGAAAUCAAAGUUAUUCUUUGUAGGAAUUCUAAUUUAGUUUAGUUUAUCUGGCAGCGAAGUCCAACUCAUAUGUAUAGUUUUAGACUGUGAGAAAUGUAGUUUAUUUGCUGAUUCAUGCCAUUUACUCCUAAGUGCGAAUUUGGAAGCUGUAAAUGUUUGACAUAUACCAAUCUACAUAUUUAUUUAAAUUUAACUUGGUCAUGCCAAUGUAAGUGAAGCUACAAAAAUGUCCUGUCUAGACAAAUGUAGUAAUUUGUGCGUAAUAUCUCUCAUAAAUCCGUUUAUUUGUAAGUGAUGGGGGUUGGCACCCAGAUGUAAGGAGUGGG